AUGUCCCUUCAGUCCUCCACGACGAUAGUGUACCGGUCAAUACCUCCCGCCCUUUCGGACCGAAUCACACUCGAGGUAUACUAUGGCGUCUCUUCCCCAUGGGCUCUGCUCGGCGCACCGAGAGUCGAAGCGAUAGCGCAGCGGUACGGCCUCAGAGUUCAUCUCAAGCCGAUUGUGGUGGUCGAGGAGAAUGGAGGGAUACGUCUCAAAUCUCGACAUGAGGCACGACAAGCUUAUCAUGCGUUAGACCUGUACCGCACCGCCAAGCUCCUGGGUGUCCCCAUGAAGCCCUCCCCAAAGUACUAUCCUCAAGCGCCCGGCACCAUCGAGCUAGCUGGUCAAGCCAUCAUACGGGUACAGAGGCGUCAUGGAGUGGGGUCCGAGGAGGCGCUAAGGUUCUCAUACGAGAUUCAGCGGUGUAUCUGGGUGACGGAGGAAGGGGAUCAUACGGAUGUGGAGGUGCUGCGAGGGAUUGCCCGGCGGUGUGGACUAUCGGAAGAGGCAGUGGAGCAAGACGUCGUGGAUCGGAGAGGAGACGAGAUGGAUGCUGGAGUGCAGGAGUGGAAGCGCAACCAUGAAGAGGCGGUACAGCUGGGUAUCUUUGGGACGCCCAACUAUGUCGUGAACGGCGAGAUCUUCUGGGGACAAGACAGGCUGGACUACGUCGAGAUGCGCGCCAAGGAGCUGAUUGAGGCGGGAGCGCGACCGACUCAGUAUGGCAGCGGGGCAUAA